CUGAGCAGCACACACUAGCUAGCCAGCCAGGCACAGCAAGAUCACUUGCGUUUGAAGCUAUCAGCAUCGAUCAGUUUGACAUGGUGAAGACGGCGGCGAGGCAUGGCGGGGGCAAGAGGGCGUACAAGGGCGUGCGGAUGCGGAGCUGGGGCUCGUGGGUGUCGGAGAUCAGGGCGCCGAACCAGAAGACGCGGAUAUGGCUGGGGUCCUACUCCACCGCCGAGGCGGCGGCGCGCGCCUACGACGCCGCGCUGCUCUGCCUCAAGGGCUCCGCCGCCGCCGACGACCUCAACUUCCCCGUGCGCCUCCCGUUCGACCUCCCCGCCGCCGCCAUGUCGCCCAAGUCUAUCCAGCGCGUCGCCGCCGCCGCCGCCAAUGCCGGCAGCAGCAGCGCCGCCGACGGCUUCUCCGGUGUCAACGACAGCGGCAGCGCUAGCGCCAGCGAGGCCAGCACCCCGGCCUGCAGCUCCAGCGACGCCUCGCCGUUGAGCUCCCCGGAGACGGUCAUCAGCGACGACGUGGACUACAGCUUGCUCGCCGACAUCGAGGCGUUCUUCCAGUCGCCCAAGUGCAUGGAGUACGCCAUGAUGGACCCGUGCAGCGCCUUCUUUACGCCGGCGGCGCCGCUGGCGACGGAGGAGGAGUGCUGCUGGGAGGAGGAAGGCGACAUUGCGCUCUGGAGCUUCUCCUCUCUUGACUGAAGUGCACUGGAGUCAAAGGAGAGGACGAAGCAAUUAAGCAACUGACUAAUUAAUCAAGAAAUCAGAAAUGGCCACGCAUGGUAUGAUAUAUAUACAGUUAAUUUAAUUUCAUAUAUACGAUAAUUUGAUUCGAUGUAGGCAUAUGUAAUAAGCUAAUGAAGCAUUGUGGAGGGGCUCUCAUGGAAGCUACAUGUUUUAAGGCAGCUUCUAUGGGGUUAAACCUCCUUACAACUGCUUGUUUCAUGUGUAAAAGUUACUUCAAAAG